GAGACGCUGAGCCCGGGGCUGGUGCGUGCGAGCGCCCCUGAGACCUGAGCCCCCAUGGCGGAGAAACCUCUCAGCACCGCUGCGGCCGAGCGCAUGAACCUCGUGGCCCAGGACGAGAUCUGGAAAUACCGCCUAAAGGCUGAAACUGAAGCACGGCAAAACUGGGCCCAGAACUGGGGAUUUUUAACAACCCCUCUCGAGGAGUUGCUCAAGGGUGAAGAAAAACCCCCCACCCCAAAGCCCAAAAUCGAGCUUCCCGAGCGGUUCCACAUCCGGCCCGUGACCCCAGUGGAGAAAUACAUCAAGAUCCUUCCAUCGCCCCCAAUCCCAAAGACGACCCAGGGCUUCAUCGGAUGGAGAUCCGGGGUGCCCGGCCUGAACAAGUGUCUGGAGCACGAUUACGAGAUCAGAAGCUGCAAGGGGGCAUAUGCCAAAGAGCUAGGCUGGCCGAAGCAAGGCAUCCACUGA